AUUUUCGGGACGCCAUUUUAUAUCUGUUCUUUGAAGAGGAAGUGAGCUCAGAGAAAACGCGCUUUUCAGAAAUUUUUUAAUUAAAUAAGGGCUCUUUUUAUAAGGAAAUAAAAAAUGAGUGGAGGUGGAAAUAAUGCUGCACGACCGCCGCCAAGAAUUGAGGGCAUGAUAUCGCUGAAGGUUGAUAAUUUAACAUAUCGCACUACGCCCGAGGAUUUGAGACGUGUAUUUGAGCGAUGUGGCGAGGUUGGUGACAUUUACAUCCCUCGCGACCGAUAUACCCGUGAAAGCCGUGGUUUCGCUUUUGUUAGAUUUUAUGAUAAACGUGAUGCAGAGGACGCAUUAGAGGCCAUGGAUGGUCGAAUGCUUGAUGGCAGGGAGUUGCGUGUUCAGAUGGCUCGCUAUGGUCGACCAAAUUCUCCGACACGUCGCACCAAUAAUAGACGUGGCGGCGGAGGUGGUAGACGUCGUUCGCGUUCACCUGUACGUAGGCGCUCCCGUAGCCCACGUCGUCGUUCGUAUUCACCUAGAUCCAGAUCUCGUUCGGCGGCAGGUAGUCGUUCACCUGUUCGACGCAGCAAGUUUUCACGCAGUCCAGUUGGUCGUAAAUCUUUGAGCCGUAGCCAAAGUCGCAACGGUAUAGCUGCUCGUAGUGCGUCACGCAGUCGAAGCCGGUCCUAAAGAUGACAACUUAUCACUGCGACAAAUCAUUGAUAUCUUUAAUCAGAAAUCAAAAAAAAAUGGACCAGUAUGCAUUGAAAUUUAUUCAUAUGGUUGAUUAGUGGCGUUUUCAUAAACAAACAUGAGUAUUUCGAGUUUAGUGCUGCUAACUAAACAGGUAUAACAAUUUAAUAUAUAAAUUGUAGCACUUCAAAAUAUGAAAACAUUCGAAACGGAAAAAUGUGAAAGAUAAGAUUACCAGGAAACUCAAACUUGCUCUUUAUUUAAUAUCCAUUCACAUAUGCCCUAAUUUCAGAGUAUGUGUUAAAUUAUACCUAUUUGAGCCCAUAACAUUUUUCCUACAUUUCCAACUAAUGUUUAAAAUGAAUUUUACCAUUUUUCACAUGAAGUGUGUUGCCUGCCGUAUUAAAACACAUAUAUGAUAACCCCGAAUAUAAUAUUAUUAUUUAGAUUAUUGGUAGAAUUUUAUGGCAAACUCAUUCAAAAAUAUCGAUAAUCCAAUUUUAGAAAAGCCAUUUUAAUUUAAUUUCGUUUAAUUAGAAAUCAAUAGUUUUAUAUACUUAGUCUGCAAAGAAGUUUAAGGAAUGGAUUUAUAAUUAAAAAAUUCUGUUUCCAAAAUUAUCUACUCGUGUGUAUUAACAUCAGAAAAGUAAUAUGAACGUAUUUUAAGUAAAAAAAAAAAUAAUAAUAAUAAAUGUAAUCCAAAUA